CGUUGUAUUCUUCUUGUGAUGCGGAUUGGAGGGAGAAAUAUUUCUUGGUUCAUUUUCUUGUAUGAUAUCGGUACAUACAUCACGAAAACAUGUCAUCUGGAUCAACAGAUAAAAAAAAUAACAUUCUACCAGUUUGGGGUAAUGAAAAGACAAUGAAUUUGAAUAAUUUGAUACUAACAAAUAUACUUUCUUCUCAUUACUUCAAAGUAAACCUUUAUCAGUUGAAAACCUACCAUGAAGUUGUUGAUGAAAUAUAUUACAAUGUAAAUCACUUGGAACCCUGGGAAAAAGGCAGUCGUAAAACUGCAGGACAGACAGGCAUGUGUGGAGGAGUUCGAGGAGUGGGUGCUGGUGGUAUUGUAUCAACGGCCUUUUGCAUCUUGUACAAACUCUUUACCCUGAAACUUACAAGAAAACAGCUAAAUGGCCUCCUUAUUCACUGUGAUUCACCUUAUAUUCGUGGAUUAGGGUUCAUGUAUAUCAGGUAUACUCAACCUCCAGCAGACUUGUGGGACUGGUUUGAGCCAUAUCUUGAAGACAAGGAAGAGAUUGAUGUAAAGGCAGGUGGUGGUCAAGUGAUGACUAUUGGAGAAGUAGUACGUCACAUGUUGUCGAAGUUAGAGUGGUUCACUACCUUGUUUCCACGAAUUCCUGUGCCUAUACAAAAAGAUAUUGAAAAAAAACUAAGUACAGUGAAGCCUUUGUCACGUGUUCCAGCAUUCUCUGCUGUAACCACAGAGACUGAUCAAGAAGAUGGGUGGCAACAAACGAGAUCGAAUCAGUCUUUCACAGACGACAAUCCAAGGAGAAAAGAAAAUGACUGCAAGACCACAAAAGAGCAAUUUCAAGACCCUGUAGACUUUGCUGAUGAAUUAGCUAAAGAAAAAGAGAGGCAGAAGAAAGAGAAGGACAAGCACAGUUACAGCAAAGAAGUCUCACAUCACAGAAGUAGGAGUCCACACAGAAGCCACAAAUCCAGCAAACAUCACCGUGAUAAUGAGAAAGACAGGCGUGAGGAAAGGGAUCGUCCCAGACAUAGAGAGCGACAUCAUUCCAGAGACCGAGCUAGACGUUCAGGAGAUCGUGCUUCUGAACAUAGAUUAUCUAGAGAGCGGGAUGUAGUUAGACCCAAGUACUCCAGAGAUAAAGACAGUGACAGACACUCAUCUCGUGAACACAGAUCUUCAAGAGACCGUGACAGGAAUCAUGGCAAGGAAAAGGGUUCAUCACACAGCCAUAGAUAAAUACUUUUACCUUGAAAAAAAAACUUUUUUUUUUUUUUUUUUUUUUUUCCCAUCGGUGAACUAAUGACUAUAAGAUCAAGUCUGGUGAUAAAUCACAGUACAGGUUCUAGCUCUUCUUAUUAAUCAU